UUAUGUUCAUUUUUUGGCCAUUAGUUUUUCUAAACAGCUUAUCUACCAUUUCUCAAGGUCUUGUGCACCAUUUUGCUUCGCAUCAAGAACUAAAAUUAUUGAAGUGCUUGUCGUUGCCAUAACAACCACUACAUGUGCUAUUAUAUUUUGGUAUAUUUUGCAUGGCUUCGUAGUUCGUAGCAAGAGGUUCGUAGUUGCUGAGCGAAAGGAAGGAAAGGGUGAGCGCUGGCCGCGUUUUCGCCCGGGGAGCUGUCUUGAUCGGCCUGCGUCGGGAGCCAUGCCGGGCCCGGAGAUACGCCAGGCGUGCAAAGAUGUCACAGCGCGCACGGUCUGCCGGGGCUUUGAGGAUUCCACCUACAAAGUUACCAAGGCCUCUCCCAACAAGAAGGAGAAGAAGCAGAAUGAGAUGCCCAAAAGGAUGCUGGUGACCAAGGAUCUGAUCCGUAAGAUCCGCGUGCCGCGCGCCAAGGACCCUCAGACGGUGGUCAUCACGCAGGACAAGUUCCGGGAGAUCACCGGCGCCGCUAAGGUGCUCUCCAAGCAGCAGCUGGAGGCGGCCGAGCGGCAGCGCGAGGCCGACAAGGACCGACGCGCCGCCGAGGCCCUGGCCCGCCGGCAGGCCCUCGAGGCCGCCGACAUCGUCCGAGAGUCCAAGGAGGCCGAGGCCGUGGACGAAAUCAAGGAGGAGGCCCGACAGCGCGCCAAAAACAUCGUCGAUCGCGCCAAAAUCGCGGAGCUGGAGGCCGAGGAGGACAUCAAGCAGAUGAGCCAGCUCAUCAUGCAGGCCAAGGUGUACGCGGUGCGGGACGCUCAGGUGGAGGAGAAGAAGGUGCUCACCAAGGAGAUGAUGGAGGAGGAGCGGCGGCUCGACCAUAUGAUGGAACAGGAGCGGCAGCGGGACCUGGCUGAGCAGCAGCGCCGGGAGGAGGUGCGCAGACAGGUCCGCGAGAAACAGAAGGCCGUCAUCAUAGAACAAAUCUCCGAGAACGAGGAACAGCGCAUUCUGCGGGCUGAGAAGAAAAACCAGGAGGCGGAGGCGAUCCGUAAGAAGCUGCGUCAGAUGCAGCUGGAGGACAUGGCUGCAGACGAGGCCAGGAAGAAGGCCCAGCACGAGAUGCACGAGGCGCUGCGCAUCGCUAAUGAGGCCAUGGAGGAGAAGAAACGCAACCAGAAGGACUUUGCUAAACAGGAGGAGGACCAGAUUCGCGAGUACCAGCGCCGGAAGGCCGAGCAGGAGGCGCGCUACGAACAGGAACAGGCCGACCUGAAGCGGGCCAAGGAGCUGGAGAUCGCCAAACUGCGCGCGCUCCAGCAGCGAGAACAGGACCGCAUGGCCGGCGACCACGAGCGGCGCGCACGACGUGACAGGGAGAGGAUGGAGCGCGAGUGGCGGCGCCAGGAGCUGGAGGCGGCUCGUCUGAAGGCAGAGAGGGAGGCCGAGCUGAAGCAGGCCCGCCGGACGCAGGUGGAACAGCGCGAGCGACAGGUGGCCGUGGAGGCGCAGCGGGAGAGGGCAGAGUUCUACCGGAUACUGGAGGCGCAGAAGCACGCCGAGGAGCUGAGCCACGCCGAGCACGCGCUGAGGCAGGAGCGGAACAACCGUCACCUGGUGCAGCUGAAGAAGCAGAUGUGCGAGAUGGAGCAGAAGCGGGUGGCUGACCGCCGGCGCGUCUUCGAGGAGGGCCUGCACACGCGCAUCCAGGACGCACAGCGGCAGCAGCAGCUCAUCGAGCACAAAAAGAGGAAACUCGAGGAACUCAGACAGUUCAAGGUGCCGGAGAAGUACCUGAACGACGUGGCCCGUCGGGCGCACAUCUCUGCCGGCGCCGAACCGCCCUCCUCGACAGCCUAGUGCGGUGGGGGUGGUCACCCGGUCCGGUCCCGGUCCGAGGGUCCCGCUAUCAGACCAGCCGACACCGUCCGAACCGAACAGAGUGCACCGAACCGAACCGACUGAACCGGAGCGAGCGGGACCGGAGCGAGCGAGACCGGGACCGAAUCGAAUCGAACGGAAGAAACUAUCCACCGAAACGAAGCGAAUGUUUACUUAUCGUGUCACUAAUUCAACUAGUCAGCUGGAUCUCACAUGUAGGAAAACACGCAGUCACUUCUCGUCCUGGAGACUCACCCUGGGUGUUGCAUGUGCCGUUCGGGGGGGGGGGGAAGGGAAAGAGUCAAAUGUCUGUCACAGAUUCGCACGAGCUUUCCGAAACACGAUUUUGUCACGCAUUGUGUUGUGUGUGAAAAUCGUGUAAUUUCACAAGUGGACCGUAAGAAUAUUUUUGCAAUGAUCUCUUCUCGCAUGGCUGUGGUUUUGUUUUGUUUUCAUUUUGUGCUGGUUAUUUAGAUGUAUUUGUGGUAUUCAAAUAGACAUGCGAUGGAGAAGUA